AUGAAUGAUGUCAAGUUGAAGCGCAACCUUAAUAGAUUCUUGGGUCCUACCAUUUGUGCUUUCUUCCUUUGCUGGUCUGUUUGGUUUCGUGACGUUCAAUAUAGGGGCAACCUUCAGCCCAAGGAGCCCUCGAAUGAACGGCCAAUCAUCCUAUAUGCUUUCUCAGAGUCUCCUGAAGCACGAAUCAAUAUCCAAUAUUUUAUAGAUCAUGGCCUUUACGAUGCAGCCGAUUUCAUUUUUAUCUUAAACGGCGAAACAGAUAUCCACAAGAACAUUCCCCAAAAAGACAACAUCAAGCACAUCCACCGACCGAACGACUGUUUUGAUCUAGGAGGAUACGCCGAAGUCCUAAUCAAAACUGAACUUUACAAAAAAUACCGCAAGUUCAUCAUGUUAAACGCCAGUCUCCGCGGACCCUUUCUUCCCUCCUGGUCUCAAUCCUGCUGGUCCUCACUCUACCUCUCCCGAAUAACAGACACCACAAAACUCAUCGGCAUGACCGCAAACUGCGAGCUAGAAUUCCACAUCCAAUCGAUGAUCUGGACUACCGAUUCCCAAGGCAUCGAAACAUUGCUCUUUCCUUCCAAAAAUGUGCUCGCAAAAUUACCACCCCAGCCUAUGCAUGCUAUUAAAGGCCCUUUCGAUGCAUCGGAGAAAUAUACACCGGGCAUCAACAAUUGUUUCCGUAGCUUCAACGGAGCAAUUAAUGCUGAAAUAGGCGUUACAGCUCUGAUGCGCGCCGCGGGGUACGGCGUCGAGGCCAUUAUGAGUGCGUUCCAUGGAAUUGGUAAUGGAAAAGACGACAAAAUUUCUGAAAAGGAGAAAGGGGAUCAUCAUCACCAUCAUAAAGGUUCUGAAGAAGACUCAUCUGAGAAGCUGGAUAAGUCCUCUGACUUGAUGAGUGAAUAUGAGAAGUUUUGCGGUUCAAAGGGCACGGGAGAUGUUCUGUAUGAUGGGGGAUAUUUUGGGAUUAAUGUGCAUCCGUUCGAGACGAUUUUUAUGAAGACUAAUAGGAAUAUUGGUCCCGUGGCUCUGGAGAAGUUGACAAGUUGGAUGGAAGGGAGUAGGUUUAGUAGUUAUGAUUAUUGCGAAUCGUAG